AUGUCAUCAACGACUUGGCUCUAAUGGAUAACCCUUAUAUUGCAGGGAACUAUAGUGAUUAUGUGCUACCAGCCCCGUCCUCGAGUGCCGACAGCAAAAUGACUGUCACACCAGCAACAACAGGACAUGCUACUGUUGUUACUACUGGACGUAAAGAUGGCGGAAAAACAUUGACGUUUUCUGCAGCUGUGAGCGAGAAAACGACACCCACA